UGGUUUUUUUUUUUUUUGUUGUUGUUUUUUUUUCAUUUUUUUUUUUUUUUUUUCUCAUUUUUUCGAAUCCUCGACUCGCGCAGAGUGAAAAUAGUGAAAAUGUUUACGAACAUGUCUUCGGAUACUCUUGGCUUGAAUUCUUCCCACUAUCCAAGUGCAGUCACCGAAUCUACACUCUUGGAGGGAUCCUCAGAUAAUGAAUAUGGAAACGCGACGGUGAUGCCUUACAUGUUGCCGGCUUACAUAAGGACGACAUCCAUGAUAGUCUGCAUCCUUGUCAUGGUGCUGGGUGUCGUCGGUAAUCUCAUGGUUCCGCUGGUCGUCUUCCGAGGCAAGGAUAUGAGAAACAGCACGAACAUAUUCCUCGUCAACCUGAGUGUCGCUGAUCUCUGCGUGCUUCUCGUCUGCGCUCCGACAGUCCUCGUGGAAGUCAACUCCAGGCCGGAAAUUUGGGCGCUGGGCGAACACAUGUGUAAAGCUGUUCCGUUUGUGGAGUUGACUGUGGCUCACGCCUCGGUCCUGACUAUUUUGGCCAUCAGUUUUGAGCGUUACUACGCAAUAUGCGAACCACUGAGAGCUGGGUACGUCUGUACAAAAGCCAGAGCUACUUGUCUGUGUUUCUUAGCAUGGGCAGCGGCAGCUCUUUGUACAAGUCCGAGUAUCCUGAUGUCCGAAUACCAGAUGGAGAUCUACACUGACGGAUCGCUGGUUCCGGUGUGCUUUAUACAAACUAACGAGGCCUGGAGGAGCGCGUUCUUCAUAACAACGAUAGUGAUAUUCUUCUUCCUGCCGCUUUUCAUCCUCGUUAUCUUGUACACUAUAAUAGCGAGACACCUGAUGGCUAACCCAACGAUAAGUCGAGGUCCUGCCAACAACUUGCUGAAGUAUCGAAAGCAGGUCGUCUUCAUGCUGGGAACCGUCGUUGUCAGCUUCUUCGUAUGCCUCCUGCCCUUCAAGGCCUUCACACUCUGGGUGAUCUGCGGCUCCCAGGACUCGAUGAUCGGCCUCGGGAUCGACGGCUACUACGGGGUCCUUUACUUCAGCAGGGUGAUGCUGUACCUGAACUCGGCCGUCAAUCCGAUCCUCUACAAUCUUAUGUCGACGAAAUUUCGCGAAGGAUUUUUCAGGCUCUGUGGCGUUGGCGUGAAGAAGAAGGCUCCUGGCAGAACGGGCACUUAUACAACAGGAUCAACUAACUGCAGUUCCAAUCAUUCGGACUUCUGGCGGAGGCACAGCAGCAAUAAAAGCUGCAGCGUCAAGGCGCCGAAUAAUCCCGUUGAAAAACAGCUCAAACUUCCGCUUCUCUCUUCCGUUGCCGAUGGCAUAAUCAGGAAAAAACAGGAGAGUUAUGUACUGAAUCAGAAGUCGAGAGAUUGAUUUAUGGAGAGUUAAUAUGAAACUGUCACUGGCCAAAAUUCUACUUCUUACCUGUAGAGAAUAAUUCAGAACCAAACACAAAGGAAUAAUUCACGUUGUUUCUCACUUUCAUCUAGUCAGCUCUGAGCUAUUAGCACAAAGCCAUUGUUUAUAUAAUGUAUUAUAAUAUUAUAUUCAAUUCGAGACUGCACGCACUCAUGCUCAUUAUAUAUUCUGUGUUUAUAACAGAGUUUUAUUGUUGUAAUAAUUAUUAACGAGUGUGUAUCCCCACUAUCAGUUUAAGAUAAAUUUUGUAUGUUUAAAGUACGUUACAUCAUGUGACAGGUUAAUUGUCUAUAUGUAUAGUGAACAGUGUAAGUUUGAUUUAAGACUAAUUAAGAAGUGAUUAAUAUUAAUUGUCGAGGUAAUUAAUAUAAUUGAAAUACGACUUACCUGUGAAUAUGAAUAACGAGAAGGAUCAAACGACGAGGGCCUCCGAUUGAUUGUAAUAUAAUUAUCAAGAACAAAGGUAUAAAUUGCUCAUUAAGAAGCAAUAAGAAUUGAUUUAAUUGUUUCAAACCGUUCGCCAAAUAUUUCGAAUCGUUUCACAACGAUAUCAGACAUGGAGCAUGUAUCGAGGAUUUUGCAAAGAACUCCAUAGGAAAGGAUUCAUGCGAUAUCCAGGAUGUCUGUUAUCGUUCAUGAUCAGCAGUUUAUGAGUUUAAUUGAGAUUCAGACAGACGUUCAUACCGAAUAAGAAAAGAUUAUUUCUCAACAAGGCUGUUGUGAUAAUCCCAUAAUUACGCGAUUCAUAAACAAGGUUUUAAUACAAUUGACAGAUAUUUAUGUUACUAUAACAAAUGAUUUUGUCGACAUGUUGUAAACCGAUUUUUAAGUAACGGUUUCUUUUUCAACUAAAUAUGAUUAUGAUUGAAUGUAAAUACAUAUACACCUCCCGAUGCACACUAUAUAUAUAAUUACAUUAUGUAUAGGAAAUAUAUAUCAU